AUGCUGCUCCACUCGGUCGGCGCUGCAUCUGCCCCUAGCGGCAAGGGCAAGGGGGGCAAGGGCACUGGAGGGGCUGGCGGGGGCGAUGGAGGUGGUGGUGGAGGCAGUGGAGGGGGUGGGGGUGGUGGUGGGAAUGGUGGCGGGGGUGGAGGUGUCAGUGGCAGCAGUGGAGGCGGAGGAGGCGGCGGCGGUGGCGUAGGUAGCGGAGGCAGCGGAGGUGGCGGGGGCGGCGGAGGUGGCGGAGGUGGCGGCGGCAGCGGUGGAGCUGGUCGCGGCUCUACGCAGAGGAGUGGUUCCGGUGGUGGUCCGCGUUAA